UGUCACAUUCAGUUCAAGGUGAGACAGUCGGAUAAGUAUUUAUACCGGGGAUAAACUGAAGGCCCGACACUCGGACUCCCGACUGGCCUCAGGACAGGACCUGACUUCAACUCAUCUGAAACAUGUUGGUCAUCUUCAUCCUUGCUGCACUGGGUCUCGUGCACGGCUUCGACAAUCCGUUGUGCAUUGCGAGGAACUGUCCAUCAGGCACAUUCUGCCGCAUCGUCGUUGACUCGACAACAGGUGUUUCAUCUCCGAAAUGCUUGAAGGGAGGCUACUGUCCAGAGCCCCCGCUAUGGGAGGGGCUGCUGUUUGGAGGCAAGCAGUGUCAGAGGCAGUGUGAGGAGGACACGGAUUGUGCGGGGGGACAAAUCUGCUGCAACGACUUCUUUGGCUGUGGCAAGAAGUGCAGAGAUCCCCUCCCUGAGUACACGUGCGAUCAUUUGAGAUGUAACGAGGGUCAGACGUGCGUCAUGAAGGAGACUCAGUGCUCGAGGCCUGUGUGCUUCCCAACGCCCACCUGCAUCAGCAGCACCUGCAACCCUGUGUGCGGGUCAAGGACUGACGUGUGGAUGGACGUUGAUCAUCCGCACCAAACCCUUGUCGCUCGUGCCCCGAUGUCUGCCGAAAGUUCCAAGUUGCUCCCCUCCUUUGUGGGUCAACAAAAUGUUGAAAUGGACGUUGACCCAUCCUGUUACCGCAGACUCCCUGUCCUCGAUGCAGUCUCCGACCGUGUUGGCGAAGAUCCUGCAUGUUCCCCAGUAAGUGAAGUCUUCAGCAUUUAG